GACGAGAAAGAGUAUACUACUAGAAGGAAUUCAAAAACAGAGAUCUCCCUAAGAGAAUUUUUCAAGAACUCCAAAAUACCAGGGUUCAACUAUGACUUGUUCUCUCGACUAAAAGCAAAACCUACAAAGAUUGCACUAGCUUUUUCUGGUGGAGGAUACAGAUCUAUGUUGAUAGGAGCGGGAUGUGUAGCAGCUUUGGACAUUAGAAACGAAAAUACUAGCGAACGUCUAGGAGGCAUCCUCCAAGCAAGUAGCUAUAUCGCAGGUAUUUCAGGCGGGUCGUGGUUAGUAAUGAGUCAGUUUGUCAACGACUUUCCUACGAUUGAUGGCUUGAAAGAGUCGUGGGAUUUGGAACAUCAACUAUUAGAGGGAGUACCCAGUUUCGACCCAAUUGGAAUUCAGACUCAAGUUCGAAUACAAGACAACAAGAGCGGGACGGAGAUAAAGAAAGAAGAACCACUAAAGAAGAAGAGCCAAGAAGAGACUUCUUUCUUUGGAAAUAUAUAUUCGUUCUUCGUAAAGAAGACACCCAACCAGCUACUUCUUACAAAAGAUGAUAUGAACGGACCAUCACCCAACAAUAUGAUUGUCAAGUUUAUGAAGUCCAUGUUUGUCAACAAUAACAAUAACAAUAGUGUAACUCCCAAUAUCAAAGGGUAUACCAGGGAUACUCCCCUUGAGAAGAUCUUUUCGUACUACAAAGAGCUUCAGAUAGAAGUCAGAGAUAAAAGAAAAGCUGGAUAUCAAAUUUCUCUUACAGAUUACUGGGGCAGAACAAUUGCCAGAAGAAUAUUCAGAUCUACGGCAAGAUCUCCUGGUGCAACCAUGAGCACUAGCAUUCAGAUGUCUUCAUUUCAGAACUAUGAACAGCCAUUCCCAAUCAUAACUACGAUAGAGAGAGAUCCCAGAUAUAUAGAGACAAAUAUAGAUUCUCACCAAUUCGAAAUAACUCCUUUUGAAUUUGGUUCUUGGGACUCAUUCCUAAAUGGAUUCCUACCUAUCAAAUACCUUGGGACCAAGCUCAUCAAUGGAUCAUCAACUUCGAGGACAGACAACAACAGCUAUGCGAGAUGUGUAACGGGGUUUGAUAACAUUGGGUUUCUCACAGGAACCUCUUCAUCGCUUUUCAACCAUAUCUUCGUCUAUCUCUACCAGAUCUUAUUGGAUAUAAAGCUGGAGGCUUCUACAGCUGUGGGAACUAUAUUGAAGUCACUUGGACUAAGUUCAGAAUUCAGGUCUCUUAUGAAUCCCAGCUUACAUCCAGAUAACGCUAUAUACUCACCCAACCCAUUCUACGGGUAUGAGAACAAACAUGGUUGUGAUGGGAGAAAUAUAACUUCGAAUGAGAACUUGUACUUGUUUGAUGGCGGAGAUGAUGGACAGAAUAUCCCCUUCCAACCACUCUUGGUAAGUUCCAGAGAACUCGACAUCAUAUUGGCCUUUGAUCUAACAGCUGAUUAUUUGAACUAUCCUAAUGGAACUACAUUAGUACGAUCUCAAGAAAGAUUUCACAACAGAGACCUGAAAAUGGGAACUCCGAAAUUUACUUUAGCACUGACUUAUAAUGGAACUACUAGGAGCAGUGUAAGAUCAUCGUUUCCUUUUGCGCCAUCACCAGAGGAAAUCGUAGAAAAUGGACUUAAUAAACGGCCAUUGUUUCUCGGUUGUGACGUUUACCAGGACUACCCUGAGCUAGAUGUAAAAUGGAUGAAUAAUUAUAGUUCGAAGAUCGACAACAAAAAUAGUAGCUUCCACCUUCCACCAUUAAUCGUAUACUACUCAAAUGGCGACUACGGUUACAAAGCCAAUACUUCUACAUUUCAGCUCAGCUAUAGCAAGGACGAAGUUGACGGCAUGGUGCUGAACGGGAUCAAUCUAGCUACCUUCAACAACUCCAGCUACUACGAAAUGUGUCUCGGAUGUGCUCUUCUAAAAAGAGAAUUUGAUCGCCUUGAGCUAGACCACAAAACCGAUGCAUAUGGGAAUCUGCUUUUUACGACACCAGCUAUAUGCCGCAGAUGCUAUGCUGACUUCUGCUGGAAGGGUCUGAUUCGUGCGAUUAGAUAG